CAGCUCUCGUGAUAAACCACAAGCAAAAUAAAAUAUAUCGUAUAUAUAUUCAUAAUGAAAUAUAUGGAUGUUGGUGAUUCUUCAUGGUUCAUUAGGGAAAUGAUGAUUGGUAUUUCAUCUCCUUAGAUGACAAGUGGUUCCACCAUUGUUACGCAAAACCACUCACCAUUCUGAUCCCCAUCAAUCAAUCAACUUAGUUGUACAUAUGAUUGUACAACAUAUGACAGUAGAUGUAGAUCGUCCAGUUUGAAACCGCAAACUCAUCAUCCACAUUGUGAAUCCUAUUGGCCGAAAGUUGAUUGGGACCUUAUCGGCACAAUUAAUAUUAUCCUGGGAUAUGACUUACAUUGUGACAUUGAACCACAACAGCAUUGAACCAUUUAUCUAAACUUUAUACAGUGAAUGCUACACUAUGUCAACUAGAAAAGGCAAUAAUAAAAAGAGAGGACAAAAACAUCAGAAUACUACUACAUUUAAGAAUAAUUUGCAUGAUACCAGCAAGACAACGAAAACAAUCAAUAACCUGCUCGUUCAAGGAGUCUGUGAGAGAUGUAGAAGUAUAAUUGAAUGGAAAAAGAAGUAUAAGAAAUACAAACCACUUACUACACCAAAAAAAUGUGUGAAAUGUGAACAAAAAACAAUCAAACACGCGUAUCAUACAAUAUGUGUAAAAUGUGGUGUGGAAAAUAAUGUUUGUGAAAAAUGUGGAAUGAAGGUGGAAGACUUAGAAAGAUGCCAAAAUGAAGAAGAAUCUUCAAAGAACUCAUUUGUGGGAGAACAGGUCAAAUUCUUGUCAGAAAGACAAAGACGUACAUUUUUUCGCACUGUGGAUAAAGGGUUGUUAGCACAAGAUGCCUUAUUCUUACAAGAAAAGGAGAUUCAAUGAUUGGAAAGUCUUCAAUUCCUUGACAUUGCUACAAAAGCAUGUUUGAAAACAGUAUAUGAAAUAUGAGAGAAUCUAACACAACUACCUGUCUCAACAUGUUGUUUUGGUUUUCAAUAAAAGCUCAAAGCUUCACAGGCUUUA